AUGACAGUGAAGAAACACCUUUGUUUUCAACAGGUUCUCUACCGAUCUUCACAAAAGAACCACAGCGAGGCUUUUCUGAAAAUAGCUGCAGUCUGGAUAAUGUCUUUCCUUCUUUACAGUCCAUCUAUCCUUGCGGGUAAAGGGGAUAACAUAGAGAAUGUAUGUAAGAUGGGAUUCUAUGACACUUGGUACUUCAAUUUAAUCACUUCAGUCUUUGAUGUCUUUCUUCCAUUAAUAAGCAUUUCAUUCUUUAAUCUGAGCAUUUACUGGAACAUCACCAAACGCAAGAGGAAAAAAAGACAAUCCGCUAUUCCGCUAUCAACAGGAGAAAAGGAAGGUGUCAAACCAUUCAUCAUAGCAACUAAUCAAGUGUUAGCUUCUGUAGAUGGGGUAAAAGAUAUUUCAACACAAAGAUGGAAAAGAGAAGAGAAAACAAUUAGACCAGGUGUUGCAUGUAAAUGGACUUCUUUACAAGCUGAUCAGAUACGUAGAAUGCCAAUUAAUUACAAUAUCUGUGUUAUUAAAUUCUCCAGGGACAAGAAGGUUGCUAAAUCUCUUACAGUUUUGGUUUUAGUUUUUGCUUUGUGUUGGAUGCCAUACAGUUUAGUGAUAAUUAUAAGCACUGCAUGUCCCAAUGAUUGUGUUGCUUCGUAUUGGUACUAUGUUACAGUUUGGAUGUUAUAUUUAAAUUCAGCAAUUAACCCUAUACUGUACCCACUGUGUCACAAAAGUUUUAGAAAAGCAUUUAGCUUGUUAUGGCAUAUUUGCCUCAAAUUGUUGACUGUGUAA